AUGCGGCCGCUGCUGCGCGCUGUCGUCGAGACGUGCGGCAUCCUCUCCUCGCCCCACGAGCCUGCGGGACCUCUGCGGGACCUCUUUGGGUGGCUCGCCGACAUCGCCGACACCCUCCGCGCGAUGGGCCUCUCGCCCCCCGACGCGGCCGCCCUCCUCUCCUGCCUCACCCGCUGCCUGCCCGGACAGCAGGCGGCGGGCAGCACGCAGCCCGCGCCGCCCGCAGAGCCGCCCGAGCCGCCGGCGCCUCCGAGCCGCUGGUCGGCCAUCGCGACGGUCCUCUCGUUGCAGAGCUCGGCCGAGAGCGCGCCCGCCGAGGCGGGGCAGGCCGAGGCGUGGCAGCGCUUCCUCGACGGCGCGACGCCGGUCAUCUUGCGGCUCCUGGUGGUGUAG